AUGACUACGACAUUGAAAGAUGAUGGUAAAAAUUUGAAGCAACAGCAGCAAGAUCAUGCUAGUUCGGCUUCAAACAAGAUUACAGUCGUCGAUAAAUCUAAGUUUUUUCAUGCUCUUACCAAUCCGACGGAGGAACCUUUACAUUUACCAGCAUCUAUAUCAUUAUCAAUGACAAACAAAAUUUUGGAUCCACAACAAAAUCUAGAAAGUAUUAUACUAAUUUGGUAUGAUUCGAAUAUUGAUAAAACUAAUGAUACGAAAGAGACGAUGAAUGUAUUACGAGAAAUCAAUAAUUGUGUUGUGUUUCAUAUUGAUCUACAAAUUUGUAUUAAUUAUAUUAAAUCAAUUAAAAAUGAAAAAAUAUUUCUUAUUACAUCGGGACAAGAUGCUACAAUCAUUUUAAAAGAAGUUAAUUCAUUGAUACAAGUUGAUUCAGUUUUUAUUUUUUGUUUUAAACCUGAAAAAUAUCAACAUCUGUUACAAAAAUUUACCAAACUUAUUGGAAUUUAUUCCAAACGUCAUGACUUAAUAAAUUCUCUUAAAGAAAAUAUUAUUCUCGUCGAAAAACACUUACAAACAUUCAAUUUUUAUAAUCAAUAUAAAGAAAAAUCCAUAAGAAAUUUAUCAAAAGAAUCAGCUGAAUUUCUAUGGUUUCAAAUGUUUAAAGAUGUUAUUUUACGAUUACCGAGAGAUAAUCGCUCGAAACAACAAAUGAUUGAAUUUUGUCAACAUUAUUAUCGUGGAAAUCAAAAAGAAUUAAAAUUGAUUGAUGAAUUUAAAAUGAACUAUCAAUCGAAUAUGGCUAUUAAAUGGUAUACGAAAGAGACAUUCCUAUAUAAAAUUAUAAAUAAAUCAUUGAGAACUGAAGAUAUUGAACAACUACAUAUAUUUCGAUUUUUUAUUGUUGAUCUAUCAUUUAAUCUUGUUGUUGAAUAUCGAAAAUUGAAAGAUAAAGGUGAAAAAAUUGUUAUGCUUUAUCGUGGACAAAAAAUGGAAGAAGAAGAACUCAAAAAUCUAAAACAAAAUGAACAUAAUUUAAUUUCAACAAAUGGUUUUCUAUCAACAAGUCGUUCAAAACAACUUGCAAUUAAAUUUGCUACAAAAUCGACAACACGUACAAAUGUUUUUCCAGUUCUAUAUGAAAUUGAAUGUAAUAUUCAAAAAACUGAAUCAAUUAUUUUUGCUGAUAUUGCACAAUUUAGUGAUUAUGCAGAUGAAUUAGAAGUUUUAUUCGAUCUUGGAUCAACAUUUGAAAUAAUUUCCAUCAAUGAAGAUAAACAUUUAAAUCUAUGGUUAAUUAAAUUGAAAGCUAGUGAUAAAGGAUCAAAAAUAGCUAAAGAAUAUGUUGAACUAAAUAGAAAAGAGGAAGAAGAAACUAGUAUUGAAUUAAUAUUUGGUAAAUUACUAAUUGAUAUGGGACAAUAUGAUCAAUCAUUAAAAUAUUUUCAAAGUUUAUUAUUAAAUAAUGAUCCUGUACAAAAUCAAGAUAUUGCAAGAAUUAAUAAUCUAAUUGGAUCUGCAUAUCAUAGUAAAGGUGAUCUUGAGAAAGCACUUGAAUAUUAUGAACAUGCCUAUGAUUUAAUGAUCAAUGUUAAACCAAAACGAUUGAAAGAUUCAGCGAGACCAUUAACAAAUAUAGGUCUUGUCUAUCAUCAAAAAGGUCAAUAUGAUCGUGCACUUAAAUUAUAUUUGAAAGCUAUGGAAAUAUUUGAAACAUGUUAUGGAAAAGAACAUUUAAAAACAGCAAAAACACUUACAAAUAUUGGUAGUAUAUAUACAGAAAUUGGAGAAUAUCAACGUGCAUUACAAUAUUAUGAAAAUGUACUAAAAAUUCAACAACGAUUCUUACCAUUAUAUCAUAUUGAUAUUGCUAUGACAUGGAACAAUAUUGCAGUAGUAUAUGAAAAAUUGAAUAAUCUCGAUCGUGCAUUGAAAUAUUAUCAAGAAUCAUUAAAUAUGAAACAAAAAUUACUUCCACCUGAUCAUCAAGACAUCAUUUCGACAAGAAAUAAUAUUGCAAACAUAAAUGAUAGAAUGCAUCAACUUCAAAUUACAACCCCUGUCACAACUAUGCCGAAAUUCGGAGUUCGAAAUAAACUUCAAGAUUCACUGUCGACUGCUGCCAUUGACAGUAGUGAACUUGAGUAUCGCUAUCCAAUGACAGACUUUGAAAGUCCUAAGCUUGACUACCCAAUAGAGGGUUCGAACAGACCUAAACUUGACUACCCAAAAAGUUCCUGUCUGCCUCCAAAGCUUAGAAAUGAAAGCAACACAGACAGUUCGAAUAUACCAAAGCAUGCACAUCCUAAGUAUAAUGCAAUGUCGACUAGUUCUUCCAGUUCGAUGGAAGACAAAUAAGGCUGAGAAUGGGUAUGAAGAUGAAAGAGAAUCAUAUCAAUAUGGCUAAUUGUAACUAUAUUUCUUUUUUCGGUAUAAUUGUGCAUAUUUAAUCGAAUAAAUAAAUAAUAAUAUUUAUCUGAUAUGUUAUAGUUUCAUUCAAAAAUUUUAAAGACUCAUAAGCAAGGAUGUAAAUAUUGCAAAAUAUAUUAUAAUCAUCGAAGGAUUAUUUCUAGAUGUGACUGUCAAAUAAAUACCCACACGGAUAUUUUUUUUUUACUUUGUAGACUGAAAACAGUCCACAUAUGAUAAGAGUAAAUCAAACAAAUAACAUUUCAAUCAGAUUUUGUUUUAUUUAUGUAAAAUAAAUCAUUAGAUAAGAUCUGUCUGAUCGAAUCGAAUCGUAUUAUUAUCAUUGAAAACGAUCUUUAACAAUGCAUUCUAUGUUCAAACGACUAUAUUCGAAGAUUUCUGUAUAAACAUAUUGGCGCAACAUAUACAUAGUUAAAUGAACAUGGGAUAUUUUGUAUCAAAAGUUUUCAUAAACAAAUGAAAACAUAUCAUUCAUUAGUCAAUCUUUGAUUCUUAAAAAUACAGAUAUUUUGAUAAAGUGCAUCCCUCCCUGUCAUUCUUAACUCCUUAAAUGUAAAUUUUUAUCUGCGUAAAAAUCAAAAAUGCACUAUUUAGAAUAUCAUUUACAAACGUAUUUUGAGGAAGAUUUUAAAAUUGAUCCUCGUCAUUGAAACAGGAGAAAAAGGCAAAAUAUCAAUUGAGAAUUUUAUAUUCAUUAUUUUCUCAGUUCUAUAAAAAAAAAAUGUUUAUUAAUUAUCUUAGGUUGAUACUAUUUAUGUGUAAAUACAAUAUAAAAAAUUUACAGAUAAAGAUAAACAUGAAAGAAAAUUGCAUUGAGAUUAUUGCACAAUAAGAACAAAAAAAAAUUGAUUCAUAUUUCACCUAUUUUACUUGAUGAUAUAUUUUUUGGUAUAUCUUUUAUAUAUAUUUGAAAACGUGUUAAAGCCAAGGGGGAAAAAGCAAGACUUCGUACUUCACGUACUUCACCGUACUUCACUUGUACUUCACUUGUACUUCAGCUGUACUUCACUAUACUUCACGCGUACUUCACUCGUAGGGGUACCCUAGGUCCUCAAGUCCUACUUUUGAAAAAAAUUUUUUUUUCGAAAAUUUUUUUUUUAUACGAAAAUAGACUUUUUUCGAAAAAAAAAUUUUUUUUGAACAAAAUUUUGGGUGUUCCCAAAAAAAUUUUUUUUUUCUCAAAAAGUCUAUUUCUGUAUAAAAAAAAAUUUUUCGAAAGAAAAAUUUUUUUCAAAAGUAGGACUUGAGGACCUAAGGGUACCCCUCAAGGGGGAAAAAGCGAGACUUCAUACUUCACGUACUUCACCGUACUUCACUCGUACUUCACUGUACUUCAAUCGUACUUCACUGUACUUCAAUCGUACUUCAAAUUGUUUUUGAAGUAGAUGAAGUCUUGCUUUUUCCCCCUUGGUUAAAGCUCGAGAUGAUUUUCUAUCAAAAUUAAUAUUUCCACCAAA